GUGAGUUUUCAGAGUCUCUGCUGUAGGAAUGCAUUUAGAGAGGAGAAAGAGUAGGAAAGGUAGGAAGAUACCUCUGGAAAGCAUUUGUGCUGCUUUUCUUUACCAAGUUUGUUGUUUCUAGGUGUGCUUUUGUUUUAAUGUUUGAUUUUUUUAAUUUUUGCCUCCAACACAAAGGAUCUGGUCUUUCUGUUCGAAAGAGGAAGUAAGAAAUUCCCCUGCCACAGAUAACUGGACUUCACGUAGUCAGGUUUCAGUUCUGAAUGUGGAGGUGAAAGGGAGCAAGGAACCUCUUGGUGGCUUGCAGGUGGGAAAGGAGGUCUUUACAGCUUGUUGUCAGAUUUCUUGUCUUUUCAGGAAUUAUUUUUUUAAAAAGGUCUCCAGAACAAACUUGGAAAUGAUACUUAACAAACAAAAUAUGUUUAGAGUAUUCAUGAAUUCCUAGGGAUAGGCAAAAAGAGGCUGAAGAUAUACAGGACAUAAAGACCUUGGGGACAGCAUGGGGAACUCUUGUCAGAAGAGCUGUGCUUGUCUGCAGUCCUACAUGCCUUGGAUUUUCAAGGCAUGUGAUUGUGAAUCAAAGCCGACCACCCCUCCGGAGCCAACUGGACCAGAACCGCCUCCAGAUCAGCCCCCCCGCAUAUUUGUGGCCCUGUUUGAUUACCAAGCUCGUACAGAUGAAGACCUGAGUUUCCAAGCCGGGGAUAAGCUUGAAAUACUGGACACGUCUCAAGAAAGCUGGUGGAUUGCUCGAUUGCAUGUAAAGAAUGGGUUUGCCAGGCCUGGACAAAAUCUGCAAGGCUACGUCCCAGCCAACUAUGUUGCCCCUUACCAGAGCAUGGAAGCUGAACCGUGGUUUUUUGGCCCCAUUAAACGAGCAGACGCCGAGAAACAACUGCUAUACCCUGAUAACCAGGAGGGAGCUUUUCUAAUCAGAGAAAGUGAAAGUCAACGGGGAGAAUUCUCACUUUCAGUGUGGGAUGGAGAUGCUGUGAAGCACUACAGAAUCAAGCGAAAGGACAGUGGUGGCUUUUUUGUGACCAGCAGGAAAGCUUUCCCAACCUUGAAUGAUUUGGUCAGACACUACAGUAGUUCCAGUGAUGGGUUGUGCAUAAAGCUUGGGAAGCCAUGUAUAAAGAUAGAAGUCCCAGCUCCUUAUGAUUUGUCAUACCAAACAGUUGAUCAGUGGGAGAUAGACCGAAAUUCCCUGCAGCUGCUGAAAAGAUUGGGUUCUGGCCAGUUUGGUGAGGUCUGGGAAGGUUUGUGGAAUAAUACCACACCAGUAGCGAUUAAAACUCUAAAACCUGGUUCAAUGGAUCCAGCGGAUUUCCUGAGGGAAGCGCAGAUAAUGAAGAACCUGAGACACCCAAAGCUGAUACAGCUGUAUGCGGUCUGCACUUUAGAGGAUCCAAUUUAUAUUAUUACAGAACUGAUGAGAUAUGGAAGUCUGCUAGAAUACCUCCAAAAUGAUGGAGGUUCCCGGAUCCAUUUGCAACAACAGGUGGACAUGGCAGCGCAGGUUGCUUCCGGAAUGGCUUACCUUGAAUCUCAGAACUACAUCCACCGGGAUUUGGCAGCAAGAAAUGUCCUUGUUGGUGAUCACAAUGUUUACAAAGUGGCAGAUUUUGGACUUGCACGAGUCUUUAAGCUAGAAAAUGAAAAUGUAUAUGAAGCCAAACAUGAAACAAAGCUACCUGUGAAAUGGACAGCUCCUGAAGCAAUCCGCCUGAAUAAAUUUAGCAUAAAAUCUGAUGUCUGGUCAUUUGGAAUACUCCUUUUUGAAAUAAUUACAUAUGGAAAGAUGCCUUAUGCGGGUUUGAUGGGUUUUCAAGUACUCCAAAAGCUGGAUCAAGGAUACAGGAUUCCUCAACCAGCUAACUGCCCUCAGGAGCUGUACAACAUAAUGCUACAAUGCUGGAAUGCUGAGCCUAAAGAACGACCAACCUUUGAAACUUUGCAGUGGAGACUAGAGGAUUAUUAUGACAUGGAUUCUACAGCCUAUGCAGAUGCAAGUACUUUUGUACGAUGAACACAUUUUUCUUACUGAUCAUUUAAAUGACACUUGGGCAAACAACAACAAAUUCCUCUAGUAAAUGUAUUUCUUUAUCUUUUACUUUCAAUUUAUGGAAAAUAUAUCCAUACUCACAUCUGGAUGUGCACCCAUACAUAUGUUCAGGGCUUUUGGUUUGGAUGAAGGGGGCUCUUGUCCAAGUGGGCUGUAUUUUUGUUGGGCUAUCACCAACAACAUCAAACUAAUGAUGUUCUGUCUCUGCAAUGUUCAUCAAAGUAACUACUCAUCCAUAUGUCUAACCACAGAAUAUAUGAAUGGAGAGGUUAAAAUAAUGACAAAUUGUAUGAAAUAUGUGCUUUUUGAAAUAUGUAAGAAUACACUAAAGAUCCUGAUGGUAAUAGUUUGUUUUAUAAAAUUAAGCAAACUGCAACAGGCAGGAUUUUGAUCUUUUCCCUGUAUGAUAAAGUUACUCUUCUUUUUAUUAUUUUAACAUGACAUGGUAAAGAACACAAAUCAUCACCCAAUAUCUGCUACAUAAUAGUUCUUGCAACUUUAUAUACAUAUAUAAAGUUAUAUAUAAAAGUUAUUAAUACACACACACACAC